AUGGCCGAAAUACACGAUCAGUUCGAUACCAUCCUCAUUCUUUACUUCGGUUCACAGUAUUACAGUCACCUCAUAACAAGGAGAUGUCGCGAAUUGAACGUAUACGCAGAGCUUAUUCAUUGUACGUCAAAGCUGGCAGAUCUCAAAUUCAAGCCCACAGGGAUCAUCCUCUCCGGAUAUCCAUACUCUGCGUACGACGACGAUGCACCACACGUGUACCCUGGUAUCUACACUCUGGGCGUCCCUAUCCUUGGCAUGCGCUAUGCCUUCCAGGAGAUCUGCUGGAAUCACAAGGGACGGGUAGCAAAAUGCGAUCAUCGCGAAUACGGACUUGCAGAAGUUCAGAUCAGCAGGUCUAGUGAAUCGGUAAGCUCUGUUGACGCCCUGUUUGAAGGACUCGGCGAUCAGAUGCAGGUCUGGAUGUCACACGGCGAUCAACUGUCCGUUAUGCCUCCCGACUUCCAUGUCAUCGGACGGACGAACGCCGCUCCUUAUACUGCCAUCGCACAUAACUCGAAGUCGCUUCAUGGCAUUCGACGCAUUCCCCGCCAGGAAAGCAGCUCAUUGGAGGAAUUUAUUGGCCAGGAAAUCGUUCGCAUCCGUGAGAUAUGUGGUCCGAGAGGCCGCGUGAUCGGCGUAGUCAGCGGAGGUGUUGACAGCACAGUCACAGCCAAGUUAAUGCGCGAGGCAAUCGGCGACAGGCGCACACCACGUUCUUUUCAUAACUUACUCUUACUCGCGCGUCAGAUUAUGGUGGACAACGGCAUGCUUUGUCUCAACGAAGCGCAACAAAUGCGACUUGAUGAUGUCGAGAAUCCGGAACAGAAACGCAAGAUUAUGGGGUCUGCCGAGAAGGAAGAAAACGGAGCGCAGGCAAAGGGGAAGAUCGAAUGGCUAUUGCAAGGAGCCCUAUAUCCAGAUGUUAUCGGGAGCAUCAGUUUUAAGGGCCCUAGCGCGACCACCACGACGCAUCACAAUGUUGGUGGGCUUCUCAAGGACCUCUUCAAAGAUGAAGUCCGUGCGCUUGGAAGACUCCUGUCAAUACCAGCGCCUUUGGUUCAACGUCAUCCUUUCCCAGGUCCCGGUCUGGCUAUUCGGAUUUUGGGUCCUGUCACACGCGAACAAGUGAAGAUCCUGCAGCAAGCGGAUCGUAUCUAUAUCGAGGGGAUUCACAAGGCGAAUCUCUACAAUCAAAUCAGCCAGGCCACGGCCAUCUUGCUUCCUGUGAAAGCUAUCGGCGUGAUGGGUGACAAGCGCACAUAUAAGCAGGUAAUUGCUCUGAGAGCGGUGACGUCGGAAGACUUCAUGACCGCUGAUCGGUAUGCGUUUCCUCCCAAAGCUUUACGUUGGAUAUCGUCCCGCAUCACGAACGAAGUGAAUGGGAUUGAUCGUGUCACUUACGAUAUAUCUUCCAAGCCUCCAACUGUGGAAUGGCUGUGA